UAAAAUAUUUUUACUUAAAAUUUUAGUUAAAAGAAAAUGUCCUAUAACUUUGAAUCUGGUUUAUCUAAAGCACUUGAACAGUUACUCAAAAUAGAAUCAUAUUAUGAUGUUAUCAUUCACGUUGGAAGAGAACCUAAUUUUAAGGAAUUUCAUGCUCAUUCUAAUAUUUUAUGCUGUAGGUCCGAAUAUUUUAAUAAAAUAUUGUCUACUGAAAAUAUCGAAAAAAAAGAUGGGAAAUAUAUAAUUAAGGAACCAAAUAUUUCUUCUCAAGUUUUUGAAAUUAUUCUUAAGUACCUUUAUACUGAUCAAAUGAAUAUUGCUAAUAAAACCGGGACCGAACUUUUAGAUUUAAUGAUUAUUUCUGAUAAAUUAAUGUUGAAAAAAUUAGUUAAAUUAAUCGAAGAAUAUAUUAUUGAACAUCAACAACGAUUCUUACAAAAUGAUCCAGUCAGAAUUCUUCGGAUAAUUUCCUAUUGUAAGGCACUUGUUAAUUUGCAAGAACUUUGUUUGAAUAAAAUUUGUUCAGAACCAGGAAUUUUAUUCAAUUCUGAUAAAUUUAUUCAACUAUCCGCUCCUUUAUUGGAAAUUAUUUUACAACGUGAUGAUUUGAAUUUAAAUGAGAUUGAAAUCUGGGAAAAUUUAAUUAAAUGGGGAUUAGCACAAGAACAAGUACUUAAUCAAGACGUUUCUAAAUGGAACAAAGAUGAUUUUAAUAUCUUUAAAAGAAUACUUUACAAGUUUAUUCCUUUGAUUAGAUUUUACGAAAUACCUAGUGAAGAUUACUUUAAUAAAGUUAAACCUUAUGAAAAAGUCUUAUCUAAAGAAUUAAGAAAUGAUAUUACAAAAUUUUAUAUGGUUCCUGGAUACAAACCAAUAUAUACACCAAGAAAUUCAAACCGCUUAAAAUGUAACAUUGAUUCUAUCAUAAUUAAUCAAGAGCACAUUGCACAUUUUGUAAAUUGGAUUGAUAGAAAGAAGAAAGAAUAUAUUAAUGAUGUUCCUUAUGAAUUCAAGCUUUUAUAUAGAGCUAGCAGAGAUGGUAAUACAGCUGCAGCAUUUCAUACUAAAUGUGAUAAUAAGGGAGCUACCAUAGUUAUAGUAAAAUUUAAAAAUUCAGAACAAAUAAUUGGAGGAUAUAAUCCACUUUUUUGGGAUUCAAGUAACAGUGAAAAAUCUACAAUAGAUAGCUUUAUUUUCUCAAUUGCAGAUAAGAAUAAUUUUCAAAGUGCAAAAGUAGUUUACAGUAAUGGUAGUCUAUAUUCUAUACGAAAUUAUUCACACUGUGGUCCAUAUUUUGGUUGGAAUAAUUUAUUUGUAAAUCUUAGGGAUAAUCCUGAUUUUUGGUAUUAUUAUCACUGUAACUCUGUGAAUGUUUCUUAUAUUGGUGCACUUAAUUUACCGAAUCAAAUUGAUGUGGGUGAUUUUGAAGUAUUUCAAGUUAUUAAAAAAUAACCAAAUUACAUAAUACAUAAUUACAUGUACCCAAUUGUACCAUAUUUGUUAUAAGUUCUUAUAAUUUUGAAUUUAAUGUAAUAAAAGUCA